UCUCCAGGAAAUUAUUAGUAAUGUUCCAGUAGGUGUUAAUAAGCAUCAAUGGGAGACUCUAGUUGGAAUGUGGUGUCAGGAUUCACACAUGAAGUUAUGCGAGAAAAACACAGAGUGUGCAAAGCAACAAAAGAAUCCACACACAACCGGGAGAAAAAGCCAUGCCAGGCUACAAAAAGAGAUGGAAAUCAAAAGGAAAGCACCGAUCCACAAGAUUGACCUUUGGGAUGAAGCUCAUAAGAAAAAAGAUGGCAAUUACACAAGCGACAAUGUGAAGACAAUAAUGGAUGCAGCUAAUGAGGAGUUAAAAAAAAGGAAAAUGGAUCACAAUGGUAGCCUUUCCACUGACGAUUACAGUGAGGCCUUUAAAGGUGCACUUGCUGAAAAGGCAAAACUUCGAGGUUACUAUGAUGAAAAGUAUUGGAGCGGAGUAAAUGUUUCUCAAGGAAUAACUUUUGUUGGGAAGUCUGAUCAAGACAAUCUUCAGUUUGAAGUACGCAUGGUCAAAGAUAAUGUAGAAGAUGUCAAAGAUGAUGUAAAGGAUGUCAAAGGUGAUGUAAAGGACGUCAAAGGUGAUGUAGGGGAUGUUAGAGGUCAGCUGGCUAUGAUUGCUGCAUUCCUUGCCAAAAAGUUUCCUGGAGAGAGUUUGAGAAAUGAAGUGGAUUCUCCAACAGAAAAUUAUCAAGACACUCUACCUAAAAGAGAUAACCAUCUCCAGUGUGAAUCUUAUAAUGUCCUCAAACAAUCAAAUAAUGAUGUGCAGGAGCCACGAACUACAAUGCAGGAGCCGCAACAAACCAAAUCAAAAGAGGGUUGUGGCAGUGCACCUUUACCACAUGAACAUGUGAUCACUAAGAAUGCCCAUGCUGAAAAUAAUCUUGCCGUGCAGCAAGGUGGUCCUGAACCAAGUUUACGACUUCACCAAGUUACUAAGCAGAAUGCUCAUGCUCAAAAUAGCAAUGCAACCAAGCCAUGUGGUCAUCACCAAGUCACUAAGCAGGAUAAAGUUGAAGUCGUGUUGUAUUCAAUGAACUCGAGAAACAAAGACAAACUCGUGGCCAAAGGAACUUUAGCCAGUAAAGAGAAAACAUAUGUGGUUGGAGGAAGCAUGCUUGGUGUGGAAUACGUUGCAGUUCUUGUUCGCGGUUGUACAUAUCUAGGAGAUGAGAAACUAGUUAGACCAUAUGAAAAAUUCCAAACAGUAAGGGAUGCUAUGGGUUCUGUUAUUGCUUGGCCUCGCUCACAUGUAAAAAUAGUUAGGCCAACUCCUCCAGCACAACCAGAAAGCAUUGGGCGGUGAGGAUUUGAAAAGUGAGUGCAUUAAAGGAGCUAGGAGUGGCUGGGUAGUUGAGGAUUUGAAAAGGGAGUGCACUGGAGGAGUCAAGAGCAGUUUGAUUAAUCUAUCUUUGAAUGAACAAAUAUUCUGGAUUAUGUAUAGAUUUUAGCUUCAUAGAGAAAAAUAGUUCCAGUCUAUAGGAUCUUUUCUUAUUUAUUUUCAUCAUUGCAUGUUUCAUAUGAAUGUUUGAUAUUAUUCAGCUGUGAACUCC